GCUUCUGCUAGGCGUUCAACCUAUGGAAUUCAUUAGUCAUUACCAUUAACUCGAAAGAAUCGAAUAAAUAGAUGAUUCAGUGGAACAGUGGAACAGUGGAAGCCUUGAACGUACUACUGGUAAGAGAUGGCGAUGAGACACUGGACAGGUAGACUUACAUCCCUACGCCAGGUGAUACUCCACAAACAGGAGAGCUACCUUGUAAAGAAGCGCUUUCUUCAUGGAAGAGGAUCUGGGCGAGGGAAGAGCAGAGACACUCCUAAUCUGAUUAUGGAGGAUAAGCCGGUAGUAGAUGCACAUAGUCUUCACAAACCAGUCAUGGUAGAGGAAGUGUUAUCCUUCUUUGCUCCACAGGCAAACCAGGUAUAUAUUGACAUGACAUUUGGUGGAGGAGGUCAUACGCAGGCACUGAUGAAAUGUGCUCCAGGAAUCACAGUGUAUGGUCUAGAUAGAGAUCCUUUCGCUCAUCAGAUUGCACAGAAACUUAGUCUACAUCAUAAGGGUCAGUUAUGUCCGUUGCUUGGAAAGUUUAGUGAGGUGAAGGAUCUUCUUUCUCAGAGGGAGGUGUCAAUGGUUGAUGGAAUACUGAUUGAUGCAGGCUGUUCAUCCUUUCAGUUUGACUCCCCCGAGAGAGGCUUUGCUCUUAGUCAAGAUGGACCUCUUGAUAUGAGAAUGGAUGCAAACAGAAUCCCAUCACAACCGACUGCAGCUGAUGUGGUAAACUCAUUGGACCAUGUGACUCUCACUCAGAUCUUGCGCACAUAUGGGGAAGAAUCAAAUGCCAAAAAAAUCGCCCAGGCCAUCAUAGAUUAUCGCACAAAUUUUAACACUUUCUCUUCUACAUCAGAACUGGCAACAGUGAUAGCAUGUUGUCACACCCACAGAGAUGCUAAAAGUAAUCGAGACAAGCUUGGCCGUCAUGCACAUACAGCUACCAAGACUUUUCAAGCAUUGCGAAUCUUUGUGAAUAAUGAACUGAAUGAAUUAGCUGUGGCUGUAGAGGCAGCUUGGGACCUCAUGAGACCAGGUGGCAAGCUAGCUGUUUUGACCUUUCACUCUCUGGAAGAUAGGGUUGUUAAGAGAUCUCUACAGGGCAGGCAUGUGGCCGAGAGGGGGACAUCAUUGCGACAGAAGAGGGUGGAGUCUCACAAGGACAAUGGUGCACAAAAGUGGGAAGUAGUCAAGAGAAAUGAGCUCUGUGCAGAUGAUGAAGAAAUAAAUAUGAACCCUCGAGCAAGAUCUGCAAAGCUCAGAACUGCCAUAGCUGUAAACAAGUUUAGCAGUUGUAUUUCAUCUGAUAUUCAACAGAUUUUACAAAAGGAGGGGGGGCAAAGUCAAACAUAUGUGCAGAGUACACUGCAUACACGAGCGCUUCUUGGAGAGGUCCUACUUCUGAGUUUAAGCAAUUGAGGAAUUUCAAGAGAGUUGUCUUGAUGAGCGAUAGAAACACACCUACUCUUUCUCUUCUUUCUUCAUGUUAUUUUCUCUUUUUUUAUCCUUUUUCUCCCGUCGCUCCCUCUUUUCCCCUUAUUUCUUUCUCUUUUCCCUUUGUUAUGUAGGGGUGCAGUUGAUUCACCCCCUCGCCACGAAUCCACCACUGAUUUAUACAUUUAUGCAUGCCUUACGUAUAGCUUGCAAUGGGGUUGGGUUUCCAUCCUAUCCAAUACAUUGUUGACGUUGAUGUUUUACCUUCUUUUUGCUUUUUCUUUUCUUUUCUUCUUUAAAGGUACUAUGUCCCUUUUGCAACAAACCUCAAA